UUCCGGCCUAAGCUGGGCAGUCUAUAAAGGUAUAAAGUAUGAGCGAGUGUUAGAGGGAUCACUAACAGGUGCUAUUGGACUCUGUGUGUGUGUGUGUGUGUGUGUGUGUGUGUGUGUCCUCGAGUGGCCAUGCCGUGUGUGUGUGUGUGUGUGUGUGUGUGUGUGUGUGUGUGUGUGUGUCCUCGAGUGGCCAUGCCCUUGCUUCCGGUUCCGGUCUCUGUCUGGGCUCUGGGAGAGAGAGGGAGAUGCUUCGGGUUGCAGUUCUGCGUCAGAGUCACACAGGUGCUGCUGCUGGAACCAUGACUGGAGUGCCUACAGUCUCCUUCUCUGAACUCCGUCAACUCCUAGCCUCAGGCAGGGCCAGGCUCUUCGAUGUCCGCUCACGGGAGGAGGCAGCGGCUGGUACCAUUCCCGGGGCACUCAACAUCCCUGUGUCUGAGUUGGAAAUGGCCUUGAACAUGGACCCAGCUGCUUUUCAGACUUCAUACUGUGCUGAGAAGCCAAAGCUAGAAGACAAGAAUCUUAUUUUCUUCUGUCAGAUGGGCAGGCGGGGCCUCCAGGCCACACAGCUGGCACAAGGUCUUGGAUACACAGGGGCUCGAAACUAUGCCGGGGCCUAUAAGGAAUGGCUGGAGAAAGAGGGCUAAAUAGAAGGCUUACUGAUUUGUGAUUGCUCUCAUGGCCACCUUGGUGUGCUCGGCAAAUCCUUGUAGUGUUUUACACAUGACAAAUUUAAAUAAAAAGAGCAUUUAAUGAA